GCCAGGCCGUGCCAGGCCGUGCCAGGCGCCGCAGGACCCGGCCGGGCUGCCCAGCAUGGCGGGGCCGAUGACUUGGCAAGUGGGCCGGAAGCCACGGUGUCACAGUGAGCUGGCCCGGGAGGCUUCGGGGACAGCGGCGCUUUGGGGACAGGGACAGCAUCGGGACUGGGACCCCUUGGGGACACAGCCCCUCGGAGGGGGCAACUGGGCUGGCCCCGGAGGGGGGAUGUGGGGGCUCGGGGUCCUCAUCCCCCUCCUUGGAGCGAGCGCCCUGCGGGUGAUCCAGGCGCCGGGCGAGGCACAGGUGACAGCAGGUGACGCGGUGGCCCUGCGGUGCCAGGUGGAGGAGGCCGAGAGCGGGGCCCUGCUGCGGAUGGAGUGGGUGAGGGACGGGGGGCUCGGGGUGCUCUGUGCCACCCGCCUGGACUUUGUCACCCCCCUGCCCCUGUCCCCCUGCUCCGCCCACGCCCCCGGGGUCCAGCUGGCCUGGCACCCCCCCCGGGCCACCCUCAGCCUCCCGCAGGUGCAGGGCAACGACAGCGGGCGCUACCUGUGCCGGGUGACCCUCGAGAUCCCCCGCUACGGCACCGCCACCGGCAGCGGCACCGAGCUCAGCGUCGACCCCGGUACCGGCGGGUGGCACCGCGGGGAGGGGGGGGAGGUGGCAUCGCCGAGGGGCUUGUGGGGUCACCGACAGGGUGGAUGGGGUCCCUUGGAGGAGAUUCCUUGGCGGGUUUGGGGUGGCCACGGUGAGGAGAGGCAGGCACAGGGACAUCUCUGA